UCCAUUUGAUUCCCUCUAAUGGUUCCUCCUCCCACCAUCACUAUCUUCCAUUCUAGUUAGAAACUUGCAGCAAAAACAAAAUGGCAACGGCUGCAAAUUGCUUAAGGCAUGGAACUGUACCAGUCUCGGCCAACCUCCAGCACCAGCAGCCUCGAAGAAACAACUGCAUGGUAAACAUGGCGGGAAACAGAAACAUGAAGCUGAUGGGUGGACAUGGCAAAGCAUCCAAGAGGAGUGGGAUGAUAACGUGUGCAGGGAGGGAGAUAGCAGACUUCAUAGGAGGGGAUUUGGUGAGAUUUGAUCUGGGACAGUGGCUUUCCGAUGUGGAAGAGCACAAGGCCCUCGCAGUCUACUCACCCCACGAGGGAGGCUACGAGGGCCGCUACCUUAACCGAUUGACAUACCAGGGUUACUAUUUCCUGGACCUCAGCGCCCGAGGUCUUGGUGAUCCUGAGACCACUCUCACCAAGGUCCAUCCAGUUUGCCCGGCACAUUUAGGGAAGCAGCCGAUAGCAAGAUGGUAUUUUCCACCAGAGGUUGAUUAUAGGCUUGCUGCGCUGCCUCCAAAGGCCAAAGGGCUUGUGGUCUGGAUUAUUGAAGCCAAGGUUCUGUCAAAGGCAGAAUUGCAGUUUCUUGCGCUCCUUCCAACCCUCCGCCCCAAAGUCAGGGUCAUUGCUGAGUGCGGAAACUGGAGAAGAUUCGUGUGGAAGCCACUCAAGGAGAUUUCGGGACUAACUGAAAGUGAGGAAUGAAAACAGUAACAAAGACGGCACAGAAGAAUUCAAGUCGCUCAUCCUAAAGACCUCUAAGCUUUUACUUCCCUGUGGAUACAAAUCUACAAAACCAAGUAAUAGGCAAGAAUUUUCACCGUCAACAGUUGUUUAGCAGUGCAGCAUUCUUCCGGAUUUCAUGUCAAAGUACAGAGUAGUUUUCCUAAACACGUGUAAUUAAUCCAUUUUCAUCUGAAUGAUAAUUUUGACCAUGUAAUGGAUCCGUUCAUUGCAUGACAUAUGAACAA